AAAGCCCAAUUCUUAAUUUGUUCAAAUUUCUUUCAUCUCUAUAUACGUUACCUAUCACGCUACCUCACAAACACAAAUAGACCGCCCUGUUUUAUCAUCUCCUUCCAAAUAAACCCACAAACUAGCUUAGAUCAUCACUUUAACUAUGGCUUCUUUAAAAUUCCCCUUGUUUCUCUUCCUGUCUUCUCUUUUCCUUCAUGCUUCUCUAGCUGAGAUUAUUUGCGAAUAUUUGCCAACGGAAGUGUGUGCGUUUUCGAUUGCAACAUCUGGAAAGAGAUGUUUGUUGGAAACAGCGGUAGAGAAAGACGGGUACCAAUGCAGGACAUCACAGGUGGUGGUGGUGUCAAUGGUCAAUUAUAUGGAGAGCGAUGAAUGUGUGAGUGCUUGUGGGGUUGAUAGAACCUCCACCGGCAUUUCAUCUGACGCCCUCCUCCAGCCACAGUUUACUUCCAAGCUUUGUGCCCCGGCUUGCUACCAAAAUUGCCCCAACAUCAUCGACCUUUACUUCAAUUUGGCCGCCGGUGAAGGAGUGUUAUUGGCAGAUCUCUGUGACGCUCAGCGCAGCAACCCUCGGCGUACAGUGAUCGAGCUCUUGAGUGCUGGUGCAGCCCCUGGUCCUGUUUCAGGGUCAUUGGUCGGUGAGGGUCCUGCCUCUGCUCCCCUGUGAUCUUUACAAUUCCAUAAAUAAAUUUUAAUUCGAGGAAUAAUUUUGAGAGAAGAGAGUCUGUGGGUUUUGGUUUAUAUGAUUAGAGUUAGCCGAGGGCUAUGGGCCUGGCUGUUGCUUUCUCCCUGGUACAUGUUUGCUUAUCAUGUAAGAAAUAAAGUUAAAAACAUGAAAAAUUUAUGGUAUUAAUAAUAAACUAGGAAUCUUAUGAGGCGUUUGGUUUGA